AUGGGCCGGAAACGGGAGGCCUGGAUGCUGCACGGUGCACGCUGCGCACCCAACCUCGUGAGGUUGAGAAGCGUGGCGGCGGGCGGCGCUCUUGAGCCAGCCGUGUGCUCUUCCCCCUUACCCCAGUCACCCACCGGGCCACCGGCCAAUCAGGUGCGGCCAAUGGAGACUCUGGCGGCGGCUCGCCGUGCCAAGAGAAGGAAGCCGGAGGCACCCGAGAGCGCGGAACAGGAGGGUGGAGUAAACAUCUCGCCGCUACCAGCGACGAGUGCGCCCGAUUCCAGUCCUCCUGGAGCCGGAGGAGACGAACCCUACAUCCAAGAUCCACCGCCUGGAGCCGGCGGAGAGGAAGGAGAUGGGAUCGACCGAAUCAGCCUCCUCCCGGACGCCAUUCUGGGUGAGGUCAUCUCUCUCCUCCCCACCAGGGAUGCCGCACGCACCCAAAUCCUCGCCACCCGGUGGCGCCAUCUCUGGCGCUCCGCCCCUCUCAACCUCGACGGCGGUGACCUUCGCACCAUCGAUGUCGUCUCCCGCAUCCUCUCCGCACACCGGGGCUCCGGCCGCCGCUUUCGCUUCCCCGCACAACGACUACAAGACCACCCCGCCACUGUGGAUGCAUGGCUCCGAUCCCCCGCCCUCGACAACCUCCAAGAGAUUGACUGUUGGAUCCGUUUCAUUUGGGGGCCGCAGGUGUUGCAACCGCCACCUCCGCCGGCAUCUGCCUUCCGGUUAUCGUCGUGCCUUUGCGUCGCCACUCUCAGCCAAUGCCACCUCUCUGACGAUGUCGCCCAGGCGCUUCGGUUCCCCAAGCUCAAGAAGCUCGCACUUCAAUGGAUCAACAUUUCGGAGGAUUCCCUGCAUAACAUUAUUGCUGCGGCCAUCACCUCCUCCCCGAGGCCGAGCUCCUCGAAGCUCUCGGUGGCCUCUGACCCUCUCCCCCUUCCCUGCAUGAAGCUUCGCUCUCAUGGCCUCGAGGCGGGCCUCGGGGACGCUAGGGGACGAGGCGUCCUUGAGGUGGCGGAGGCGGAGGCGCUCGAGAAGGAGCUCGUGCCGCGGAGGGGGAGCGGGAGUGGAGAUUUAUUUCAUAUUUUAUUUUAUUUGAGCCGGCGACUUGUAAAGGCCAUUGGGGACGCCCUUAGCGCCAUCUUUGGCUUCCGCUGUGUCAGGAUCAACUCAGCUAGCCUUACAAGCAUUGGGGUGGGUGCUAAUGCUGGGUAUGAACCGACACUGACGUUCUUAGAAGAAUUCAUCGUCGAGGAUGCCCCUUGUCUUAAAAGGAUUCUGUAUCAUCGACCAACACAAAGGGGCAUGCGACUGCAAGUGUCAGUUAUUUCAGCACCCAAUCUGGAGACCUUGGGUUGCCUAAAUUCUUCUGAUUACUCUUCCAGGCUCACGUUGGGCUCUAUGAUUAUUGAGCCAUGCAGCAUAAAGGAAUUCCGGGUCUUUAACUCGACAACGCCGGCGUGUACUGUCAAGAUUUUAGCGGUCUAUAUUUUUACUCUUAGCCUGGAUGUGAUUAUUGACUUAAUGAGAUGCUUCCCAUGCUUGGAGAAGUUGUAUAUCCAGUCAUACCAGGGUGGAGACAAGAAUUUAUGGCGCCGUAAACAUCGUAAUCUUGUCAAAUGCCUUGACAUCCGUCUCAAGACAGUUGUGUUGAAUCGUUAUCGAGGCAUAAGGUCACAAGUUAACUUUGCAACAUUCUUUGUACUGAACGUGGCAUUUCAGGGUCAAAGGUACAAUGUGAGUGAAAGAUUUCUUGCAGAGCAGCAUCAGCUGCUCCAGCUGGAGAAGAGGGCUUCAAGAUGUGCUCAGUUUUAUUUUACUACUAAAAGAUGUGACCACGACUUUAUGCAUAUUACUCAUGCCCAUGAUUUGUCUAUAGCUGAUCCCUUUGAAUGUGAAGGAACAGGGGUAGGUGUAUGCCCAUCCUUUGAGUAG